CUACAAUCAUGUCUUUUCUCAAACCCUAUGGUUGACGUUUGUUAUGCUCUCCUUACGACUUCGCCCGACUCGCCCUGCAAAUCCAAUAUGCCGUCUUUACCACUUCGCGUUGAGACACUGGAAAGUCUUGUCACUCUUGGCUUUCCUUGUGCUUCUGGAGCUCGUCUUCCACGUGCGUAGCUUCAGAAUAGACCGCCCAACGACAGACCUCGAUCCUCCAUUUCAUGUUGGCUGUCAGGAGCCCAUUCUGGGCACCGCCGCCCGGGCCAAUGCAACGUUGAUGAUGCUUGCGCGCAACUCCGACGUAGACGGUGCGGUAGCCAGUGUGAAGAGUGUGCAGACGCAGUUCAACAAGCACUUUGGCUAUCCGUGGGUCUUCCUGAAUAACGAGCCCUGGAGCGAUGACUUUGUGACGAAAGUAAGGGAGGCAGGCGCUGGCGUCAGCAUGACUUUCGAAACCAUACCAGCGCGCAUGUGGGGUUAUCCCGCGUGGAUUGACCGGGAAGCUGCUCGAGAGAAGAUGGACCAGAUGCAGAAUGCAGGUAUAAUGUACGCGGGUACGGAAAGUUACCACCAUAUGUGCAGGUUCCAGUCGGGUUUCUUCUACGACCAUCCUGCCCUAAAGCCUUACAAGUGGUACUGGCGUGUCGAGCCCGAUAUAUCCUUCACUUGUUCGAUAACGUACGACCCCUUCGUCGAGAUGGCUAAGCAUGGGAAAACAUACGGAUACACGAUCGCGCUGUGGGAGAACGGGCGGACAGCAGCAUCUCUUUUCCGCAAACUCUCCACAUACAAAGCGGACAUGCACUUCCCCACAACCUCGCUCUGGAAAGCAAUGAUGGCCGCCUCGUACAUGCCCUGGCCCUUCCGAUACCUCCUCAGUUUCUUGCGCAAUCGUGAUGCGAACGGGGAUCUGUGGAACAUGUGCCAUUUCUGGUCGAACUUCGAGAUCGCGGACAUGGACUUCUUUCGCUCUCAGCAGUAUCGCGACAUGUUCCGCUUUCUGGACGAAGAAGGCGGAUUCUACUACGAGCGGUGGGGUGACGCUCCAGUGCAUAGUCUGGCGGCUGCGAUGCUGCUCAGGCCCGAGCAGGUGCACCACUUCUCUGAUUUUGGGUACCGGCAUGCUGAUUUCCAGUACUGUACAGAAGAGUUGGGAUGCAAAUGUACCUGCGAUCCUGCGAUCAAGAUCAUUGAUGGAUCCUGUUUCAAUUCAAUCAAGAGUACAGUCAUGUAG